AUGGUUAAGCGGACUGAAAAAACCACGGGCGCCAGUGAUCUCGUGCAGUGCGGGGAAUACACGCGCUGGUGCUACCUAGAUGAGACGGCCUUCACAAGUCUAGCCGACGCUGAGGAGGCGAGCUUCGUGUGCAAGCUGUGCGAGAAAGUGAAGGCGGCCGUGCAGCGCAUGGAAUCUUGCAUUGAGGAGCUAAAGGGGGAGCUGAAGGUGGAGCGAGUAAAGAGAAUUGAGCUCCAAGCGCAGUUCGGAGAGGCACGUGAGCGUGGGGAGGCUACCGCCAGCCUAGUAGAACAAAUGGAGGCCGAUCUAAGGAAGGAACGGGAAAGGCGGGCCGAGCUCGAAGAGCGAGUAAAGGUGCUUAUGGCGCUUGACUCCGGUCCCGAGCAAUGUGAGGCGAAAGGCAAGGGCAUCAAGGAAUCCCAGGCAGAAACAGGAUCACAGCAAUCGCAAGCCGGAAGCCAACGACUGGACCGUAGAAGGGUCCUAGUGGUGGGGGACUCCAAUGUAGCCAGAGUCAAGCAGGGAGUCCUUACGACAGUGAAGGCAGACAGGAGGGUAAAAGUGGAGGCCCAGUCAGGAAAGUGCAUGACGGAUGCACUGGCCAAAGCACAGGAAGUGGUGGGGGACAGCAUGGAGGGUGAAAACCUCGUCAUCAUCCAUGCUGGUCUCAACGAUGUCCUGAAGGGAAAGAGCCAGAACCUUCAGAGACAGUUAGAGGAUGGGGUGCGUAAGCUUCGAGAAGCUUCUGAGGGUGUGCAUGUGACAAUAUGCACCAUCCCAGAAGUCUGGGGGCAAUCUGGCGGUAUGGAAAGGAGGGUGAUAGAGGCUAACUGUGUCAUCAGAGCUAUGAGCCGGCAGCUCAGCUACAGCGUAAUGGAGGUAAACAAAGACGUGUACGAACCCGGCCUCCGCCCUUUUGCACAAGAUGGCAUUCAUUACAGUGGUGCCACGGGCAGGAGGGUAGGUAAUAGGAUGGGUCGCCAAGCCACAGCUUUUUUAGGGGGACCCAGUGCCCUGAGGCCACCAGUGUAGACAGAUACGAUUUCAAAGUGGCACCAAUAUCCAAGACACGUAGAGUCCGGGGGAGAAGAAAUCGACGUAGGCAGGGCCGAGCAAAUUCAGAUGUAGGUUAUAUUAACAUGCAGGGUGGCAGGAAUAUGUUGAAGUGGGGAGAGAUAGAAGAGCAACUAAGGGAGGAGAAGCUGAUGGUAUAUGGGUUUGUAGAAACACAUCUUAGGGACAUGGAACAACCACCUAGCAAUCCGGACUAUGCAUGGGAAUAUUGCAAUAGAACAGAAGGCAGCAGAAAGGGGGGUGGUAUCGGGGCAUUUAUUCAUAAAAGUACAGACUGGCAAAGGGUCAAGCAGGAGUGCAGGGAACAUUUAUGGCUAAAAGGGAAAGUGGCAGGGCAGAUGACACUCCUGGGUUUUGUAUACUUGUGGACAGGAGCAAAAGCCAGAGAGGAAAACCAAGAAAUGGUGCAGUGCAUAGAAAAGGACAUUGAUGAACUAGGAGAAGAGUGCGAGAUAAUUAUAUUAGAAGAUAUGAAUGCGCACAUAGAAGAUAUGGAUGGAUAUACUGACCCAACUGGCAGAAUGCGGCUGGAUAUGUGUGAAAGGCAUGAUUUAAUCAUUUGCAACAGUACCAAGAAGUGCGAAGGGCAGAUAACAUGGGAGGUGGGAAGGCUGCAGUCGACGAUAGAUUACGCACUGAUGUCACAUAGGAUGUAUGAUAGGCUAAGGGUGAUGAACAUAGAUGAAUAUGGUUCCAGAAGCUUGGGUAGUGAUCACAAACGUAUCAAGCUGAGUUUUGGAAGAGAAAUGAAAAUAGGAAGGAGGCAA